AUGGGUUGCUGCUGUUGUCUGCACGUUUCGUACCACCUGAUCGUCAAUUUGUUCGAUCGAUUUUCGGAAAGCAUCAGGGACAUUGUGUAUUGCCGGUGCAGGAAGGAUUUAGAAGUGCAAUCGGAAGCCAGUGAGCAGUACAAAUCAGUGCAACCGAACCCUGCAGUGGAAGAGUCAACUAACCCGAGCGUCCGUCCUACGCUCUCACUGGCAAAUAAACCACGGUACGUUGUGAUUAACGACACCGUCGAGCUGGAGCCUUUCUUCUACGAUAUCGAUCGCCAUUACAGUGAACUCCUGCUUAAGGAUCGCCCCGCAGGAACUUGCCUGGUGCGGCCGUUUAAGUUAAAACACGAACACAUUCGUUACAUAUUGUCGAUUCGGGCUUGUGGGACAUACUUUCAUCUGUUCAUCCGUCACGCCGGCCUCAACGGCAUGUACGCGCUGGGUUUGGAAAAGGAGCCGGAAAAGCGCUUCAAAUUUCCCACCGACAUCGUACGCUACUAUCAACUGCAUGCCCUCGAGUGCACCCGCGCGACAACGACGGUGAAACUCCAGCUGAUCCCUCUUCAGCUUUCGGACUUAGCGCCUAAGAAUGGCGAGUUGAAUUGAAGAGAAGAAUCGACCAGUAUGCUAAUAAAAUUAUAU